AUGGUCUCUCCUACUCUUGUUGGUCUGGCGCUGCUGGCAUCGCAAGUGGCGGCCCACGGCGGCCUCUUUGACCCCAAGCCGACGUUCAUUGAGCCCAACAGCGACCCGACGCGCUUCUGCGGCACGAUCGAUGGCCCCACGUCGCUCCCCGGCUCGGCGUACAACCAGGACCCGGGCUACAACGCCGCGCAGUUUGCGGCCAACUUCAAGGCGAGCAAGUACAAGACGCUCAAGGCGUUCCUGGAUGCGUGGGACACGAGCGCACAGUGCGGCCAGUGCGGCAUCACCAAGGUCGACGCGGCCAACCCGCAGCCGCUGCCGAGCAUCGUCAAGUGGCGCCACGGCGACAACGAGGGCUUUACGCCGUCGCACGAG